AACCAACACAGCCGUCCAGUCUACCGGAAACUCACACGAAGAAGUAAACAGAAAGUGAACAGUGACUAAGAACAAUUUCCACUUUAGCAUUCAUUGUUAUUUAGACGUGUAUUAACACCCUGGAACUCAAAAUAUGACUGAUUUAACUGGACAGCAUCACAUACUUACAGCGUGUAGUGUUUAAUAAGCGUUGGAGACGGGACUUGAUUGAUAUACGUGAUCUCGGUAACUGCUAGUGAACAAUGGAUAACUGUAUGGUUUUUCACACUCAAAUAGCCUCCGUCAUGGAGGUGCUAGCGAAUGCAGCUGUAGCUGAGCUCUGUAAACUCGUAGACGACGACUAUGCAGUGUUUCGUUUGGAAAUAACGCAAAGCCAGAAAGAAAACAGGGUUUUGCGAAGGAAACUACUGGAAUUGAAGGUGGCAAGGGAGCGCGCAGAGAGGACAACGCGGGAGCGCGUCCUCGCCAGUCGUGUCAAGAUCCCCGACCGAAACAGAGAAACGUCAAGAGUCACUGUCUCAGGUGAAGGACGUUUCACUGGAGGGCACAGGAGCUUUGUGAAGCCAGCGAGACACAAUACAUGGAGAGAUGACCAACCAAUCACUGUUGAGGGGAGUGGAACCUCAACCCAGCACGUUAUCGUAAUAGAGUCUGCAGAUGCAGAGGCUGCAGGUCCUGGGGUCAAGCAGGAGAGGUCUGAAGGAGAGAAGGACUCACAGCACAGCAGAGCCAUCCAGACUGGAGCGCCCCCUGUAAGCAAAGAGGACCCCACCAGUGCCCCAACGUCUCCCAGGAACCGACCCAGCGUCAGGGAGGUCAGCGGAACGCAGAACGCCGUCCUCAAGUCAGAGACCGACACCAAGACUUUAAAUUUAAAACACAGUCUCUUACACACAGGUUCUGACCACAGAUCAGACCCAGGGAGACUGGGCUGUCCUCCUGCUCCCGGUUCAGAGUACUUACCGGUAUUUCACCAGAGCCAGAGGAUGGUUCAUUGCCGUGGAGGUGACUCGAUAGACACUAGUGGUGAUGAUCCGUCUUGUUCUUACACUACAGAGAUGGACCCUGGCAACAUGACCUUGGGUUUAGAGACACAGACUGAUCUGUCUAGAGGGGACUGGAACCGGUAUAGUAGUAGUGUAUACUCUGAAGGGUGCCUAGCUAAGAAAGGGGAGGUUAUAGUGAUAGAUGAGUUGAAAGUGGAGGGUGUCGUUCCUCCCACAUGGAUUGCAGAUAGUCACCUAGGAAACAGACACUCACAAGGCAGAGAUUUCUUAUAUUACAGGGAAAGCUUAGAGACACAUCCAAAUGUUGAGACCCACUCCCCUACACACACAUUCAGGGAAUGCGACUCAGUGUCCACGUCGAUGAGUCCUUCCGAUUCACAGGUAUUGAACUCAAAGGACCAAAGGGCCAAGGCUCGGGGAGCAACAUCAGGCAAUAGUAAAGAGAAACGGUUCCUCUGCAUGUUCUGUAAGAAAGGCUUCAGCUGCUCCCAGAAUGUGGAGAUCCACCAGAGGAUCCACACAGGAGAGAAACCCUACAGUUGCCCCCAGUGUCACAUGUGCUUCGCUCAGUCUGGCAGCCUGAAGAGGCACCAAAGGGUCCACACAGGGGAGAAACCCUACAGCUGCCCACAGUGCGAGAAGAGGUUCUCCCGCCAACACCUGCUGAAGACGCACCUGAAGAUCCACACAGGAGAGAGGCCAUAGCGCCUGUACGCACUGCAGGAAGAGAUUCUCAGAGAGGAGCUACCUCAGGAUACACCAGCAGAAAAAACAUUCCACUCUAUAACAUAGAAAGUUUGUUUAGAUCAAACCCUGCAAUGAAGGUAGACUCAGAGAGAUGACUUAGAUGCACAAAGUAAACAGCAGUAGUGGGUCAAUUUCUACAACAACUAAGAGCGUUGAAGCACAAGGCUAAAUUUCUGAUGUUUUGGUCCUGCGGCUACCACGUAGCAGCGUGAAGCGAACUCAUGUACAUGCGCAGAUACUGUGUGACUGUGUGAAAGCAAAGUCUAGCAUCACGCUCAUCACAAUAUCUGGGGUUCUGCUCGUGGCAACCUCAUAACGCUGAGUCUUCCUUUAAAGACAAAGGUUAAUUUUCAUUGUUGUCAGAAUAACAUUUCAAUGUUGCAUAUUCCUGGGUAGAAUAUUGCAUUUAGGGAUUGUGCGAUACACAUAAUUACAUUGCCUUCAGAAAGUAUUCACACCAGUUGACGUUUUCCUCAUUUUGUUGUGUUACUGGCCUACACACAAUAUCCCAUGAUGUCAAAGUGGAAUUAUGUUUUUAGACAUUUUUACAAAUUAAUAAAAAAUGAAAAGCUGAAAUGUCUUGAGUCAGUAAGUAUUCAACCCCUUUUGUUAUGGCAAGCCUAAAUAAGUUCAGGAGUAAAAACAUCACUUAAGUUGCAUAUUUAACAUGAUUUUUGAAUGACUACCUCAUCUCUGUACCCCAUACCUACAGAUGCAUGUAAGGUCCCUCAGUCGAGCAGUGAAUUUCAAACACAGAUUCAAGACCAGGUAGAUUUCCAAUGCCUCUGAAUGAAGGGCACCUAUUGGUAGAUGGGUAAAAUAAAAAAGCAGGCAUUGAAUAUCCCUUUGAGAAUGGUGUAGUUAUUCAUUUGGAUGGUAUAUCAAUACACCCAGUUACUACAAAGAUACAGAAGCCCUUCCUAACUCUGUUGCUGGAAAGGAAGGAAACCACUCAGGGAUUUCACCAUGAGGCCAAUGGUGACUUUAAAACAGUUACAGAGUUUAAUGGCUGUGAUGGGAGAACUCAGGAUGAAUCAAGAACUUUGUAGUUACUCUACAACACUAACCUAAUUGACAGAGUGAAAAGAAGGAAGCCUGUACAGAAGAAAAAUAGAAAAAUCCCCCCAAAAUAUAUUUUUUUAAACCAAAAAGGCACUAAAGUAAAAUUGCAAAAAAUGUAGCAAAGAAAUUAACUUUAUGUCCUAAAUACAAAGUGUUGUUUGGGGCAAAACCAACACAUCAGUGAGUAUGACUCUUCAUAUUUUCAAGCAUGGUGGUGGCUGCAUCAAGUUAUGGGUGUGCUUGUCAUCGGCAAGGACUAGGGAGUUUUUUUUAAUCAUAAAAAUAAACGAAAAAGCUAAGCACAGGCAAAAUCCAAGAGGAAAACCUGGGUCAGUCUGCUUUCCAAUAGACACUGGGAGAUUAAUUCACCUUUCAGCAGGACAAUUACCUAAAACACAAGGCCAAAUAUACACUGGCGUUGCAUACCAAGACAACAUUGAAUGUUCGUGAGUGGCUUAGUAUCAGUUUUGACUUUAAAAAAAAAAAAGUAUGAAUAAUGUGCAAAUAUUGUACAAUCCAGGUGUACAAAGCUCUUAAUAAGGAUUUACCCACAAAGACUCACAGCUGUAAAUCGCUGUCAAAGGUGAUUCUAACAUGUUCUGACUCGGGUUGAAUACUUAUAAUCAAUAUGUUUUUUUUUACAAAUGUAUAAUUUUUCUUCCACUUUCACAGAGUAUUUUGUGUAGAUCGUUGACCAAAAAAAAUACAAUUAAAUCAAUUUGAAUCCCACUUUGUAACACAGCAAAAUGUGGAAAAAGGGGUGUGAAGGCCGCACUUAAUUUUUAUAUUGUGCUUGCACUGUGUAGACUGAUGUUCAAAAGCCAUUGAAAUACCCCCAAAAUUCCUGAGACACUUUUAAUGAGAAAAUUAAUGCAGAUUUGUUGUUGAGAUG